UUCGAACGCGCCGCGGCAGCCAUGUUGGACGUGGCCAGCACAGGGGCCGACACCAGGGGGUUUUCGAAGCAGCUGUCACGAUGCUGGGCUCCCUCGUGUUGAGAACAGCGCUGGCGCCGCGGCUCCUCCUCCGGCUGCUCAGGUCCUCAUCGCUCCGGAGCCAUGGAGGUGCCCCCGAUCGGAGAAUGACCACCGGGGACCGCGGGGAGCCGCAGUGGCUGAGGGCGGCCGCUUGGGGGCGCCCUGGAACAACGCCAACCUUGCUUCCUGGCCGAGGGGCAGCCACCGGGGGGCGCCGGGAAGGACUCACCGAGAUCCAUUGCCUCGCGGCUGCCACGUGGGGACACCUUCCCAGUCCCGAAGAAACAGCCCCGGGACAGGACAGCUGGCAUGGGGUUCCCAACAGGUCCGGACUGGGCAUGUGGGUCCUGGCCACAGCACUGGUGGUUCAAUGCUACAGCAAGAGUCCAUCCAACAAGGAUGCAGCCCUGAUGGAAGCUGCUCGUGCCAACAACAUGCAAGAAGUCAGCAGGCUUUUGUCAGAAGGUGCAGAUGUCAAUGCAAGGCACAAACUUGGCUGGACAGCACUCAUGGUGGCAGCCAUCAACCGAAAUGACAGUGUGGUGCAGGUCCUCCUUGCUGCUGGGGCUGACCCAAACCUUGGAGAUGAUUUCAGUAGUGUUUAUAAGACCGCCAAGGAGCAGGGAAUCCAUUCUUUGGAAGUCCUGGUCACCCGAGAGGAUGAUUUCAACAACCGGCUGAACAACCGCGCCAGCUUCAAGGGCUGCACAGCCCUGCACUAUGCUGUCCUUGCCGAUGACUACCGCACUGUCAAGGAGCUGCUUGAUGGAGGAGCCAACCCCCUGCAGAGGAAUGAAAUGGGACACACACCCUUGGAUUAUGCCCGAGAAGGGGAGGUGAUGAAGCUUCUGAGGACUUCUGAGGCCAAGUACCAGGAGAAGCAGCGGAAGCGUGAGGCUGAGGAGCGGCGCCGCUUCCCCCUGGAGCAGCGACUGAAGGAGCACAUCAUUGGCCAAGAGAGUGCAAUCGCCACGGUGGGUGCUGCAAUCCGGAGGAAGGAGAAUGGCUGGUACGACGAAGAACACCCUCUGGUCUUCCUCUUCUUGGGAUCAUCUGGAAUAGGAAAAACAGAGCUGGCUAAGCAGACAGCCAAAUAUAUGCACAAAGAUGCCAAAAAGGGCUUCAUCCGGCUGGACAUGUCUGAGUUCCAGGAGCGACAUGAGGUGGCCAAGUUUAUCGGGUCCCCACCAGGCUAUGUUGGCCAUGAGGAGGGUGGCCAGCUGACCAAGAAGUUGAAGCAGUGCCCCAAUGCCGUGGUGCUCUUCGAUGAAGUGGACAAGGCCCAUCCGGAUGUGCUCACCAUCAUGCUGCAGCUGUUUGAUGAGGGCCGGCUGACAGAUGGGAAAGGGAAGACCAUCGACUGCAAGGAUGCCAUCUUCAUCAUGACCUCCAAUGUGGCCAGUGAUGAGAUCGCACAGCACGCCCUACAGCUGAGACAGGAAGCUCUGGAGAUGAGCCGCAACCGUAUCGCUGAAAACCUUGGGGAUGUCCAGAUUAGUGACAAGAUCACCAUCUCAAAGAACUUCAAGGAGAAUGUCAUUCGCCCCAUCCUGAAAGCUCACUUCCGGAGGGAUGAGUUUCUGGGACGGAUCAAUGAAAUCGUCUACUUCCUCCCCUUCUGCCACUCGGAGCUCAUCCAACUAGUCAACAAGGAACUGAACUUCUGGGCCAAGAGAGCCAAGCAAAGGCACAACAUCACACUGCUCUGGGACCGUGAGGUGGCAGACGUGUUGGUUGACGGCUACAAUGUACACUAUGGUGCCCGCUCUAUCAAGCAUGAGGUAGAGCGCCGCGUGGUGAACCAGCUGGCAGCAGCCUAUGAGCAGGACUUGCUGCCAGGGGGCUGCACUCUGCGCAUCACUGUUGAGGACUCAGACAAACAGCUACUCAAGAGCCCUGAACUGCCCCAGGCUGAGAAGCGCCAACCCAAGCUGCGGCUGGAGAUCAUCGAUAAGGACAGCAAGACCCACAAGCUGGAUAUCCGGGCACCUCUACACCCUGAGAAGGUGUGCCACACCAUCUAGCAUCUACCUACCCGCCUACAUGUUUCCACAACAUCUAAUAAAGGCCCCUUGGCUGUGGCAUGGCAGCUGA